GAAAUCUCCACACGUGACAGCGGCACAGGGCUAUAUGAGCAAAAAGGCAGCAAGCAUCAGGACCAUUCUGGAGUCAGCCACCGUUCAACCUCAGCAGCACAGCGCGCAAUACGCAUAUACUCACUCACUUACCGGCUCUCGUUUUCCGUUUUUAAAGAAAGCAACACAUGUGAGUUCUGUUUGUGCUGCGCUCCAGGACGCGUACAGGACCAGCGCGAGCGAGGAAACGCAGGUAAACGGAAUUUAAAGCUUUUCAAGAGAAGGAGGAAAGGAAAUCCCCCCGCUUUUCAUCGCGACCACCGUUUUUCCUCCUCCUCGGACCUCUGUUCUCUUUUGGAGACACAAGUUUCUCACACAAAAGAGGGAUGCUGCAUGUCCCCGAGCCGCACUUGCACUCAGAGGGAACCUAAAAAAAAGUGGACCGGAGCGGAAUUACACUCCAUCUGAUGCAAGCGCACCAAGAAGCGGACACUUUUCAGUGAGUGGAGGAUCAGCAGCGCGCUUCAUAAAAUGAUCCCAAUCGGCGGCGUGAUAACAUGUCGCAUCUCGUCUGAUGUUUGACACAUUUGAGGAACGACUGAAAGAACUGGAGGAGGACACUGCAAAGUCAGAGAAUUCAUCUCGAGCCCCCCGCCGGCACCUUUUUACUGGAGUCCGAACAACAGAUCGCCGUCCAGAUGCAGUUUCGACUCUUCUCCUUUGCCCUGAUCGUAUUGAACUGUAUGGAGUACAGCAACUGUCAGGCGCCGUCGCACCGCUGGAGGAGAAACAAAAGAGCUAGCUAUGGAGCGUACCCCAUCUGCAAAGGCUGCUCGGUGUGCUCCAGAGACAACGGCUGUGUAAACUGCCAGCCCAAACUCUUCCUGUUUUUGCGGAGGGAGAGAAUGAGGCAGUACGGGGAGUGUCUUCACGACUGUCCAGCCGGAUACUACGGCAUGCGCAGCCCUGAACUCAACAUGUGCUCCAGGUGCAGGAUAGAGAACUGCGAGUCCUGCUUCAGCAAAGACUUCUGCACCAAGUGCAAGUCGGGCUUUUACCUACACAAAGGGCGUUGCUUUGAUAAGUGCCCCGAGGGCUUUGCCCCGCUGGAGGACACCAUGGAGUGUGGAGAGGGCUGCGAGGUGGGCCAGUGGAGCGAAUGGGGAGCCUGCACCAGGAGAAACAAAACCUGUGGCUAUAAGUGGGGUCUGGAGACCCGGACGCGGCACAUUGUAAAGAAACCACCCAAGGACACAAUACCUUGUCCCACCAUCGCUGAGUCCAGGAUGUGCAAAAUGGCCAUGAGGCACUGCAGGAGAGGUGGCUCGGGAAAGCACCGAACCAAAGAACCAAAGAAGAAGAACAAGCAGAGGCUGCGGUUUCGGGCCCAGAACCAGCACAGCGACCACUUGGCCUCCGCUCGUUCCAGCCAGUGAGGACUGAAACUACGGACUUCCCAUUGAACAAAGAACCAACGCAAAGCUGCUAGCCGCCGCUGCACCCAUAUUCUGACCGACGACUAUCAUGAACCCCUCCACCUCCCCACCCCCCCCCCCC